CACAUUCACGCACAGGUAAUUAUUGGAAGUACGAUUCAUGUCAUAAAUGAAUCAUGUGAUAAUUCAGACGCUGCACCAGACCAUUAUAGUAUGUGCCAGAAUGUUUUCCUGUAUAUCCUAUUCUUCACACAAUUAAACCAUUAAUAAACCUUAGCUUCUAAACCCCAAGUAUUCGGCCAUGGCUAACGAGCCCAAAUUACACGUAGUUAUGUUCCCAUGGUCGGCCUUUGGGCACAUUAUCCCGUUUUUGGAGCUCGCAAAAUUCAUAGCUCAAAGGGGUCACGAGAUCACCUUCAUUUCCACCCCAAGAAACAUCGAUCGCCUCCCAGAAAUCCCACCAAUUUUUGCUUCUUCUAUAACCUUCGUCAAAAUUCCACUGCCCAGAGUUGAAGGACUUCCGGAAAAUGCGGAGGCCACCAUGGACAUCCGUAACGAGGACAUUCCCCAUCUCAAGAAGGCCUAUGAUGGGCUCGAACCCGAGUUGACUCGCUUUCUCGAGAGCUCGCUUCCGGAUUGGAUUAUCUUCGACUUUGCUCCUUACUGGUUGCCUCUAAUUGCUACCAAGCUGGGAAUUUCUAAAGCAUUCUUUUCAAUUAUCAACUCAUGGUUUUUGGCAUUUCUAGGACCGUCAGAUGUAAUGAUCAAUGAUGCAGAUCCAAGAUCGACGGUCGAGGAUUUCAUAGUUCCUCCCAAGUGGGUUCCUUUUGAGACAAAAGUGGCGUACAAGCCGUACGAGAUCAACUGGAUUCUAGGAGCAGGUCAGGAGAAUGUAACCGGAGUAUCUGACAGCUCCCGUUCGGGAAUGUUAAUGAAGGGUUCUGAUGUUAUUGUCGUAAGACAAUCCUACGAGUUUGAAGGGCAGUGGUUGAAGCUUCUUGAGGAGCUGCAUCAAAGAAAAGUGAUUCCUUUGGGAUUAAUGCCACCCCAAGUGGAAAAGAUUAGCAAUGAUGGGAAUGAUUCCUGGGAUUCAAUCAGGGAAUGGCUUGAUGUUCGAAACAAGGGCUCAGUUUUGUACGUCGCAUUAGGGAGUGAGGUGUCACUCAGUCAAACGGAUGUCACUGAGUUGGCACUCGGGUUGGAGUUAUCUGGGGUACCAUUUUUCUGGGCGCUAAGGAAGCCGUCUGGAUCCACCGAGUCAAUUCAGGUGCCAAAUGGGCUUGAGGAGAGAGUCAAGGGGAGAGGGACUGUGUGGAAAGGCUGGGCCCCACAGUUGAAUAUACUGAGUCAUGACUCAGUGGGUGGGUUCUUGACUCACUGCGGUUGGAGUUCAUGCAUAGAGGGACUUGUGUUUGGUCAUCCGCUGGUUAUGCUCCCAUUUUUGGUGGACCAAGGGUUGAACGCUAGGGUUAUGGAGGAUAGGAAGGUUGGAAUUGAAAUACCCAGGAAUGAGCAAGACAGGUCAUACACGAGAGACUCGGUGGCUGAGUCUGUUAGGCUUAUUAUGGUUGCAAAUGAAGGGAAAAUUUUCAGGGAGAAAGCUAAAGAAAUGAGUGGAAUAUUUGGAGACAGAGAAUUGCAUGACGGUUACAUCCAAAAAUUUAUAGAUUAUUUGGAGAACAAUAGACACAAUCCCAUGGAUGGAUUCUGCCACUAGGACCCUUGUGCUAUGGAAAUGAUGAUCUGAAUAACUUUGCAUCGACAAAGCUGAAGAAAUUAGUGCAGUAUUUGGAGAUCCAGAGCUCCACGGCAGUUACGUGCAGAACUUCGUAAAUUACUUGGGAAAGAACAGACCUAAAUCCAAAUAAGAAAUGUUUAUAUUAAAAACAUUGCACCCAUUGGUUUUUUUUUUUUUGGAGUAUUCUGUUGUUUUACUCGGUUCUGAAAGUACAUCAUUUCUUUCAAUGAAAACGUCCAUUCAUGCAAGUUAACAAAUCA